AACCAAAUCCCAUUGCCUUUGCUUUGGCAGUAAACGUCUGCCGCAUUUCAUCCUUUCGAAACCCAGUGCUGGGGAGAAAUGCCUUCACUGGAACCCGAACAUACUCCUCUACUUGAACCAUGGCGGACGCCAUCAGAUGCGCCUGCGACUCCCUGAACUCCGUCGUGGGAUACCUGGUCACCAUGAGGAUCUGCGAGAUCCGUCAAUGCCUCGAGUUCCUCGGUGUGGCGCACACGGAGGUGAUCGCAGGCGUGGUCCUGUUCGUCCUGAUGCAGUUCACCAAGUUCACGGUGGUCCUGCUGCUGGCCAUUCUCCUGGCCUACGGGAUAUUCUACUUGUGGGACACCUUCUUCCCUGAAAUCAGUAAAUUUGGUCACAGGGGUAUGAAAAUGUUCCGGAAUGUACGAACAUCUGCCAACUUGCCGCCUUUUGCCUCGGACACUGAGGAGACUCCUGGAGAGUACUUUAUUAGUCCAAAAAUCCAGCAGUACACCACUGGCAUGAUAACCCCGAAAAAUUCUCUCAAAAUGCCAAUGCUACUGCCUAUGUUACCAAAUAAGAACUUGAGGACAACCAGCCUGCAAACAGACCACAAACGAAGGGAAGAGGAAAACCGGCGAGGAUCUCGUGGACGAGGUCACUCAUCUCAUCGGGAAUCGCAGGACCCGGGAAAACAUCGCCAAGAGCGUCCUAACUGGCAAUCUGUUAAUCCGGAACCGGAAAGGGAGCACCACUCCUCGAAAAGAACUUCCCAUGGGGCCAGCGGAAGUGGUGGAGGUGCUGAGUCCAAGCGAAUGUCGAAUGUGCUGCGAAUCCCAAACAUCACCAGUGGAGUGGUGGACACCAGAAGACUUCCCGCAGUGACCAGUGAGCAACUGAAACAACUGCCCAAUAUCACAAGUGGAGAAUCAAGGAGAAUCCCCAAAGGAACUAGUGGUGCCAACGAAUCCAAGAAGCUGCACAGAUUAACCAGUAAGGAGAUAGUAGAUUCCCGCAAGGUUCCAAAAAUAACUAGCGGAACCAACGAAUCACGAUGGCUAACCAGUGGUCAAACGACGGAAUCCCGACGAGCUCAAAGAAUCACAAGCAGUAGCAAUGGGUCUCGAAGAUUGCCAAAUAUAACGAGUGGAGAAGCUAAAGAAACCCGAAGAAGUUCCCAUCCACGAGGAGCUAAUGACUCCCGUCGCCAUUACCAAGGUCAUAGGGAUGGUGGGGGCCGGGGAGAGUCUAAGGGCCGUCGACCAUCGGAGAAAUCACAUCCGGCCCAAGGACGUCCGGAGGAGCAAUCAAAGCAGCGGCGCAGCAACAAUGUCCCUCCUGGAGUGACUAGGCGUCAAUUUCCGGAGGAUCAAUACGAACGCUUGAAGAUUGAGAACCGGGAGUACCAGGCCCGCCAUUUGCAGGCCAGUGGUCCAGCUGGCUUUCAUCAGAGCUUACGUAUUCCUACCUCCGAAGGAGCUCAACUCACCAAACAGGAUAACUUCAUUGCAGGACAUCGCCAUAGGAACACCAAAUCAAGCAAUCCCAACAAGGAUGCCGGUCAUCAACAUAGAUCCAAUCGCGUGGCUAAUCUGAUAUUUUAGAAUGGACAGAAACAGUAUAAGAAAAAAGUCCGCACUUGACAGUGGAGCCGAAAACUCCUCCCUAACCAUCGAUAAGAACUAUCCAAUUUGACGAAUAUCCCAAGACGAUUGACAGUUGCGAUGACUCCGAUGAAAGGUCAAGUGAAAAUGCUGCAGAAACAAUGGCCAAAAAAGCCCCAGAAACAACUAUAGAAAAGGAUCAAGUACAAGAUGAAAUGCAGGACCAAGGAUCCAGCCGUGAAGAAGUGAACUAUUUCAAUCCAAAGGAGUAUCCAUUUGUGGUGGAGAUGCCCGAGCCAGCGGAUAAAGAAAAGAAAAAGAAACCCAAAGACAAAAUAAGUGAGCAAAAAAAGGAGGAAAAUAACUGAGCCCGUUUUCAUUGUGUAUCAAAAUUUCUGUUUUUUCUAAGCCAAAUAAACACCGCAAA